AUGAGAGGUGAGGAGUACUAUGGUGGAGCUGUAUUCUGGUCUCCAAGGAAGGUGAAGGAGGCACGUGAUCGCCAGCAGGAACAGGAGCUUCAGGAGGAGCAGCACCGGCUUCAAAAAGCUGAGAGAGCUCAUCUACGUGAGGAGAGAAAGCAGAUCAAGCUUCAGGCUACUCAGGAGAGGCGUGCAGCAAGGGCAGCAGCGCGUAUCCUACGUGGGCAGGAGAGGGCUAGGAAGGCUGAGGAACAGGCGUCAAGGGCAGCAGCUCGUAGGACUCAACAACGCCUUUACUCAGCUCUCAAAACUGCCAAAAAGGGUAAGAAGAAGAGCCUCAAGGCUUCUAUCCAGGCAGCUCCAGGUAGAAGAGCUGCUGCGUGGGCUCAGGGUAGUGAGGAGGCCUCAGGGACUGCAGCGGCUCCUCCAGCUCUAACGUCGCGAGGUGGCCGCGCGAUCAAGACUCCAACACGAUUUCUAUAG